AUGAAAUCGUUUGUUGCCCUAGCUUUGUGCCUUAGUUUGGCCGUGUGCAGUGCCUUGCCCGUGGACAAGGAUGCCAAAGUAACAUUGGAGAGUGUGGACGCUGCCACCAGUGGAGAUGCUGUUGCUGAUGAUCAUGCCCGUGUAGCUCGUGGCUAUCAUGGCUUUGGUCGAGGAUUUGGCGGUUAUGGCGGUUAUGGUGGUUUUGGCGGUUAUGGUGGAUACCCUGGCGGCUUUGGUGGCGGCUAUGGUGGUUUCCCCGGUGGUUAUGGCGGCUAUGGUGGCUAUCCUGGUGGCUUUGGAGGCUAUGGCGGUUAUCCAGGUUAUGGAGGUGGCUUUGGGGGUGCCUCUGCUUCUGCCUCUGCAAGCGCUUCAUCUUUCGGCGGUGGCUUCGGCAGAUAA